AUGGCCCAUACACAGCCAUCCCCUACGGGUGGUGUUACUCCGCACCAUGGUCAUCUCGCGGCUCAUCCGCAGGUCAAUGGCCAUCUCCCUCUGCAGUCCCAGAGCCAAAAGGGCCCGCCCUUGACUACCGCGCAGAAGAUUGCUGCACUCAAUGAACAAGUCUGGCUACAAAUCGGAGCUCUUACUGAACUGAUGGGCGACCUCGAGGGUGCUAUGAAUGCUUACGAGCAAGCAUUGCGACACAAUCAAUGGUCUAUCCCUGCCAUGAAUGCGAUAUCCUGUAUACUACGCACCAAGGAGCAAUUCCCCAAGGCGAUCGAGUACCUGCAGAACAUCUUGAAGCUGGACCCGACCAAUGGCGAAACAUGGGGCAGUUUGGGUCACUGCCAUCUCAUGAUGGACAACCUGCAGGAGGCGUACACUUCCUAUCAGCAAGCGCUCUACCACCUACGCGAUCCGAAGGAGCCCAAGCUGUGGUAUGGAAUUGGCAUUCUCUAUGAUCGUUAUGGCUCUCUCGACCACGCCGAAGAAGCCUUUUCUCAGGUCAUGCGCAUGGCGCCCGAUUUUGAGAAGGCCAAUGAAAUCUACUUCCGGCUGGGUAUAAUAUACAAGCAACAACAGAAGUUCAACCAGAGUCUCGAGUGCUUCAAAUACAUCGUGACAGAUCCUCCCCGUCCCUUGACCGAAGAGGACAUUUGGUUCCAGAUUGGCCACGUUCACGAGCAGCAGAAAGAUUUCGACGCUGCGCAACAAGCCUACAGACGGGUCCUUGACCGUGACCCCAAUCACGCCAAGGUUUUGCAGCAACUCGGAUGGCUCUACCACCAACAAAGCAACAACUAUGCUAGUCAGGAGAAGGCGAUUGAAUACUUGGAAAAAUCUGUCAGCGCAGAUAAUACCGAUGCGCAAAGUUGGUAUCUGCUCGGUCGUUGCUACAUGUCUCAAGCCAAGUAUCCCAAGGCGUACGAAGCUUACCAACAAGCCGUUUAUCGCGAUGGACGCAAUCCGACUUUCUGGUGCUCCAUUGGUGUUCUGUAUUACCAGAUCAAUCAGUACCGCGAUGCGCUGGAUGCGUAUUCCCGUGCGAUCCGUUUGAACCCAUACAUUUCCGAAGUGUGGUACGAUCUGGGUACUCUAUAUGAAUCGUGCAACAACCAGAUCGCGGAUGCACUCGAUGCUUACGGUCGCGCCGCUGACCUGGAUCCGACCAACGUCCACAUCAAAGCCCGUUUGCAACUCCUUCAAAGCCAGUUGUCAGGUUCUGGCGGCCAAAACAACGGACCAGCUCCUCAGCCUCAGGAUGUGCAUCCUCAAGCUUAUCAAGCACCCGGUGUUGGAGCUCCUCCGGCGCCUCAAUGGGGUGCACCAGCCCCCACUGGUGGUCCACCUCCGCAGGCUCCUGCUCCCCCGAGACAGAUUGCUGACUGGAACCGUGGCAUCAAUGAAGUCCAGUCCCAAGUUCAGGCCCAAGCCGCCAAUGGAUUCGAUCACCGCGACGCUCUUCGUGCUCCUGGCGCCCUGCAGCAACCGAGCCCGCGACAGGAGCCUGGCAGGGUGUUCGGCGAUGCCGUGCGUCCUCAGCCGACCGUCCGCUCUCCUAAGACCACUUUGCCAGGUGGUCCAGGUGCUUACGGGCCUGGUGGUCACACUCUUCCUCAGCUUGGUAACCCGGCGGGUCCUGCAUCGGAUCGCACUCCUGGUGCUUCUGCUGCCUUCUCUUCCGCGACUCGCGGCCCAUUGCCUCCCGCCCCUGCCGCGCCUCCCGCCCCUGCUGCCGCGAAUGGUGCUCCUACCCCUGGUGGUACUCUGCCUCCUUAUCAUCGCCCGUUCACCCCGCCAACGGAAAUCAGGCCUCUGCGUGACGAGCGGCCAUCGUCUCCUGGCUCCACCUACCCGCAUCAACAGUUCCACCAUGGCCCCAGCGUGCCGCCAAGUGGUAGCGGUAUCGCAGGUGGCGCGCCUCCACCUGCUUCUGCUAUCAGUGCUGCCGAAGCAGCUGCCCGCGAGCGUGAGGACCGCCCUGGCUCUGCGAUGAAGCGUGGCAGAGAGUGGGAUACUGAGGCCGGUCCUGCCAAGAAAAUCGCCAGCGAGGAGAGCCGUGCCCGCCUAGAUGAGCAGAUGACUCGCCGCGUUACUCCUCCCAAUCGCAUGCCUUCCCCUGGGGAGAUGCAGCGCCGUAGCUCCUCAGAGGCUCGUCGCGAGGACCAGCGCAGGGUUAACGAAAAUUACCAUCCUUCUGAGGCGGCUCACCAUCCUCCUACGCUCCCCUCUAUUCAGCACAUGCCCCCGCACCCCUCUGGCGGUCCUAGCCUCCCUCCCAUGUCGGAAAGCUCGGCCACGGUGUCCAACGGGCCCCAGUCCGGACCCCCGUCCGCGACAGUACCCGUCAAAGAGGAGCCUGCUCGCAGCGAACAAGUCCCGGCCCACGAGCCGGCUGCACGCAAAAUGGACGUGGAUGAGAACUACGAUGAUGACGGUGAUGAUGAGAAGAGAGCGUCUGCCGCAGUCAAGGGGAGCCCCUCCGCUAGCGCCAACAAUAGCAGCAAUGGUGUCCUGGGCAAUGGCAGUCAACCUGCACAAGCGAAAUCCGAGUCUACUCCUGCAGUUUAA